AUGAAGGAAAUAAGAAGUCAAACAUCUCAAACAGAAGAUGUUGGAAGAGAUGAUAUUUUCUCAAAGGUUCUUGGAAAUGACAAGGUCGGAAGAGUUCGCAUGUAUGGAUUUGGUGUAACUCCUUAUGUUGCGUGGGGAGAAAUCCCAAAUCGAAGUAGCGCUUAUCGAUUAAUAGAAGGUUACAAGGAAGCUUUCGAAAAAAUGGAAAAACAAGUUCAAGAACAGGGUGAGGUAAUUGCUAAAAUGAAGUUGGAUAUGCAAAGUACACAGCAUGCUACUAAUAACACCCCAUUAAGAGCUACUCAAUAUUCUCAAAAUGAUGAUGUACACUCUUUCAAUAAUAGUGCUCAUAUCCAAGUUGGAACUAAAGUUGCAGUCAAAAGUGUUGUUGAUUCUACUAAAACUAUGGCAAUUGGAUAUAUUCGAAGUAUGGAUCCUACACAUAUGGUUGGUAACUAUCCAUUAGGCCAAAAUUGGUGUUCAGUUCAUAUAAACAUUCCUGUGAAUUGGGAAGAACACUUGAUAAGACCGUACAGUACUUUAACAACAAUUGGACAUGCAAUUGGAACUUAUGUUGCAUGGCCUCAAGCUUUAGUUGUUCGUGAAGAAGAUUGAUAUAUAACAAGAAUUAUAAAAUUCUGAAGAGUCUACUCGGAUUUGAACAGUCUUACAUUU